AAAGGGCUUAGUGGGUUCUUGUCAUUUGCUGAGGUUGGAGUUGCAUUACCCAGGCUGCUGAUGUGGGGAGUGGAUCUUUGGGAAAAUGGGACCAAGGGUUGAGCAGCAGUGAGGGAAGAGCCAAGACUAAGGAGGAGUCAGGCUGGGGGCUACCUUACUGGAUAUUUCUGAGAACAGAAGGGUGAGCAUGGCCAGAGCUGAUGUACACAUCACUCCCGCACCCAGCACAGCCCACUAUUAACAUCUUGACAUGGUAUAGAGGGGCCGGUCCUCUGUUGACUUAAAUCAGUGCAGCUCACUGGCCCACCCGAGACAGAAAACAUCAAGAUAUCCUAAGAUUAACUCCCCUUUUUGCUCCUGCUGUGGAAGGACUCCCAUCCCUGCAGGGCAGAUCUGAGGGAACUGGGAUCAAGCUCAGGCAAGAGGCUUCCACUGAGGUCCGGUCUACAACUAAAACAUAGGAUGACCUAGCUAUGCUGUUUGGAGGUGUGAAAAAUCUACGCCGUGAGAAACACAAUUAAACCAACCUCCGGCCUGGUGUAGACACUGCAAGACUGGCAGAAGAAUUGUUUCCAUCAGCCUCGCUACUACCCUUCAGGGGAAUGGAUUUACCACAAUGAUAGAAAAAAACUUUUCCAUUGCUGUAGCAAAUGCCAGCAUUACAGCGCAUUGCUGUGGCACCAUAGCUGUGUUGCUGUAGCACUUGUAGUGUAGAUUUACCCUGAAAGAACAGUGUGUAUUUGGAGCCUCAGCAAGAAACCUAUGUGUGCACAGGCUCUCAUUGCAAAAGCAGUUUUGGAGGUAUCUGUGGUGGUCACUUGUAACCUGACUCUAUAAGCCACUACCAUCCGGGUUCUGCUCCAAUUGCUCUUGGACCCCGACUUCCUCAGCCAAUGUGAAGCCACUUCCACUGAACUCACUUCAUUGCGUGUCCACAAAAUGCAACACAGUGAUAAUUCCAAAACACAUUUGGUGGCUCCAGAACAGCUCAAGGAUGAGAAUAAGAUCCAAUUUCAUAUCCACCAGGCAAAAGGAAUCAUGAUCUGUGACCAAUUCCUUCUGGGUCUUUGCCAAGAAGGGGAGACAUGCCAGUGUCACCACACACGCUAUCCUUACCACUGGCAGGUGAUGCGGAAGAAGAAAGGAGUGUGGCAGAGCGUGAGUGAAUCAGCUCAGCAUCAUCUGGAGAAACUUUACAGCAUCAUAAAUCACUCACUGGUUACACUUGUGGAAAAGGAUGGUUCAAAAGGCAAAGUCAACCUAAAUACCAUGGAACUGCUCUCCUUUGGUCCUUAUGGCGACAUACGGCGUCUCUCCAACACCCAUGAUCCACUGCAGAACCCACAUCUCCACACAGAGUGGCACGUGUAUUGGCUUGAUGAAACCAAUUGGAAGGAAUAUGAGGAGCCAAUUUCCCAAGAAAUCAUUAAUGCCUUUGAGAGUGGCUUACAGAACUACAGCUUCAGUUGCGAAGACCAACAGUACGCUCUGGAUUUGAAGAACCUUAUUCAAAUUAACUUAACCACAGAACAAAAGUUAUCCAUUCAGCGCCGACCUGCCUACCACACACCUAUCUACAUGGUACCACAUCUACGGACACUCCCAAGUGGCUUUAGAGGACAUCUCAAUCCUCAUGCUGCCAACAUUCCUGGGGAGGACCCUACUGAUGGGUAUUAUGGCCCAUAUCCUGCAUCCUGGAUUUCUUGCCCCUCAGAAGGACCCAUAUAUGUGCAACGUGAAAUAGCACCAUCAGAAGCAGUGUACCGCACUGUUUACACUCUCUUCCACAAAUCUCUCUCAGAGGAUACGUUUCUGGUGUUGGGAAUUUACAGGAUCAGGCAGCAGUAUCUUUGGCAAAAAUACAGCAGUCAGAAGGAAAUAAUGUCCCGAGGACUCUCAACAGAAGAGACAAAACAGCUAGAACAGCAUCUCUUCCAUGGCACCUCAGCAGAAAGCAAGAAUGCCAUCUGCCAGAUGGGCUUUGACCCUCGUCUCUCAGGACAGCAUCUUGCUGCUUUUGGCAAAGGCAGCUAUUUUGCCAAGAAUUCCCAGUAUGCAAAUGGAUUUUGUUCAGCAUGCAAGGCUGGGCUGCGUUAUAUGUUUCUGGCAAAGGUCUUGGUGGGAAAGUCUGCUGUAGGGAAUGCUGAUUAUUGUGAACCCCCAGUGAUAAGUUCUAGUGGCCCACCCUUUGAUUCAUGUGUUGAUUCCACUUCUAGCAUCUAUGUGAUCUUUAACAGUAGCCAAUCUUACCCAUACUUUCUGAUCCGCUAUAAACUGCUAUCCGACCCUGUUAUGCUGGAUGAUUCAUAAUUAGAGUGGGACAAAACAACUGCAUCUUUUUUUUUUU